AGGAGAUGACUGUCACAUCGAAAAAGGAGGAGGAAACUGGAUAUCUGGGCCCGGUUUCCCAAAGUCAUCUUAAGGCAUCCAAUGGUUCUAACGAUGAACUCAACCGUAAGAUGUGUUUGAAAAACCAUUCCCCGAUUAACACUAGAGAGAGACGUGACUCUUGUGGAUCCUCUGGGGAGCCUCAACAACAUCAUGAAGCUGACGAGGCAGAGAAAAGUCUCUCCACAUCAGAACAAACCAAGAAACACCAGCAGAGACCCACAGGGAAGAAACCUCACCACUGCUCUGACUUUAGAAAGAGUUACUCAAGAUCAUAUUCACAAAAAGUACACCAGAGAAUUCACACAGGAGAGAGAACAUAUCGCUGUAAUCAAUGUGGAAAGAGGUUUGCUCACUUAAAAACACUGAUAUUACACCAGAGAAUACACACUGGGGAGAAAUGUCACAGCUGCUCUGAUUGUGGGAAGAGAUGCACCUCUUCAGCAUCCCUUAAAAUACACCAGAGAAUCCAUACAGGAGAGAAACCGUAUAGCUGCUCUGACUGUGGGAAGAGUUUUUUUUGGUCAGGACAUUUAAAAUCACACCAGAGAAUACACACGGGAGAGAAACCUUAUAGCUGUGACCAAUGUGGGAAGACUUUUACUCAGUCAAACAACCUGAUAUCACACCAGAGAACACACACAGGCGAGAAGCCUUACCACUGCUCUGACUGCGGGAAGAGUUUCUCCAGAACAGAUACACUUAAAGUACACCAGAGAAUCCAUACAGGAGAGAAACGUUAUAGCUGCUCUGACUGUGGGAGGAGAUUUUUUUGGUCAGGACAUUUAAAAUCACACCAGAGAAGACACACUGGAGAGAAGCCUUAUAGCUGUGAUCAAUGUGGGAAGACUUUUACUCAGUCAAGCAACCUGAUAGCACACCGGAGAACACACACAAGAGAGAAAUAUCACAGCUGCUCUGAUUGUGGGAAGAGAUGUACCUCUUUAGUAACCCUUAAAAUACAUGAGAGAAUCCAUACAGGAGCGAAAUGUUAUAGCUGUGAUCAAUGUGGGAAGAGUUUUACUCAGUCAAACAACCUGAUAUCACACCAGAGAACACAUACAGGGGAGAAGCCUUACCACUGUUCUGACUGCGGGAAGAGUUUUUCCAGAUCAGAUUCUCUAAAAAGACACCAGAGAACACACACAGGUGAGAAAUCUCAUAGCUGUGAACAAUGUGACAAGAGAUACUCUGAUAAAAGAUCUCUGAUUAAACAUCAGAAAAUACAU